UCGCAAUUUAGAAUGUUUAGCAAUAAACGAGUUUGUAAAUAAAGAUUUCUAAAAAGUUUUUUUUGAACAAUUACCAAUCUGCAUUAAAGUAGUUUGGCGACAAAACGAAUAAACAAAAGUCGAAUUAACUCACAUUUGUUGACUUGUAUGAAGCUUAUGUGAGAUCCAAAUUAAUUUCAAGUUUAGUUUUGUUGUUAAACAGAAUUCAAAUCAAAUCAGUCACAACUCAAAAAUUUUAGACGUUUUGGAGGAUGGAGUUUCCGAAGUUUGUAAAGAAAGGCACAUUAUGUGAAGAUUCUUUUAUAGAAAACGCUUUUAAAAGAAGUUGCGUAGAAAAGUUUCCGAGAGAGAAAACUGCAAAACGUCCAAUGAACUCAUUUUUGCUUUGGGCAAAAUCUGUAAGGAAAAAUUUUUCAAAUGAUAAUCCUAAUCUAACCAACACUGAAAUAAGUAGAGUGCUAGGGAAAGUCUGGAAAGAAAUGAGUGAAGUUGAGAAAUUGCCGUUUAUUCAAAGUGCAAAGUGUCUUCGAACUAAAUUUUUAAAUGAUUAUCCAAAUUAUCAAUACUUGUGCAAAAAACGGAAAUUCAAUCAAGUAAAUAAUACAAGUUUUUCCAAAAUGGCGUCCAAACUAGGAAGUAAUGAUUUAAAUGCAUACGAAAUUUUUAAAUGUUUAAACAUGAGUGAAAUUAUAGAACACAAAGAUUUGAAAAGCUUUGGCUACCUUCAAAGUGUAUUCACUGCUUAUCAAAACGAAAGAAACGACAAUCAAAAUAUAUUUUUGCCUGAAGUUUUUACAAAAAGCAUAAGUAAUAAAUUUGAUUCCAAUGUCAAACUAAAUACUAAAUCAAAUAAAAUUAAAAGUGACAGUUUUGAUGAAAAUCAACAAAUGCAAAAAGAAAAAACUACGCUGCAUUACUAUUCAGAUGAAACACAACAUUUUAAUCAAAAUUCUUUUGACAUAAAUAGCGAAGAAGAUUUUAAUCAAAAUAAUCAAAUAAAAGAAAGAGAAGAUGUUAUUGAAAUUGACUCUGAAUUAAGAGAAUUUUUUCAGUCUCUUGAGAAAGGUUGAUUGACAUUUAAGAGAGUGCCGAUACAUCAACUGCAGGUUUGGCUUGAUGAAAUAAUACGAAGCCUUAUAUUAGAGCUUUAAUUUGCUUAUUGGGCUAGAGCCGACGUCGAACCUCAGACUUCUUCAGCCAAUACUCUAACCACUGCGCCACGGCUGCAAUUUCAAUUGAUUAUCCUUGUGGAAAAAGAUCCUUGUUUUAGUUAACUAUGCGUUGAAAAUAAAAUAUUUUUUUCCUUAA